CCCCGCGGUCUUCGCUCCACGCCUCCACCGCCGCCAGCAGCCCGCUUCACCCUCUCCUCGACCCGGCCACCAUGCACCUGAGCGGCCACGACCUCCUGCUCUGCCUGUGCGUGCUGCUCCGGAGCUGCUGCCUGGCCUUCAACAACGACGCCACGGAGCUGCUGUCCCCCCACGACGGCAGCAGCAGCAGCAGCAGCAGCAACAACAGCGCCCGCAGCCCGGAGCUCCAGGGCAACGCGUCCCUGCUGCUGAACCGAGCCCGGACGGGUGGCAGGGGAGUCGGGGGAGCGACGCACGACAGAGGCGAUAAAGGUCAGAUCGGCUGCAGGGAGCUGAGGUCCACCAAGUACAUCUCAGACGGGCACUGCACCAGCCUCAAGCCCAUCAAGGAGCUGGUGUGCGCGGGCGAGUGCCUCCCCACCCAGCUCCUGCCCAACUGGAUCGGAGGGGCCCCUGGAAGUCGCCUUUGGGGCAAGAGGGGCAGCAGCAGCGGGGGUCCGGACUGGAGGUGCGUCACUGACAAAACCCGCACCCAGCGCAUCCAGCUGCAGUGCCAGGACGGGAGCACGCGCACGUACAAGAUCACCGUGGUGACCUCCUGUAAGUGCAAGAGGUACUCCCGCCAGCACAACCAAUCAGGAGGCAAGUUUGAUGAGGAGGAAGUGAUGUCGUCGCCGCACCUCCUGCACAAACACCAGGCCAAGAGCAAGAGGAGACUGGGCAAGAGAAAGUACAUGGACAACUGGCACGAGCCUUGAGAACGGACCCGCUGGAAGAAUAUGGACUAUAUGGGUCUUUUAGGAUGGUACCCACUUGGUUACAACUUAUUUUAUGAAAACUGUGUGCCGUCUUCAUCUAAUUCUAAACCGUUUUUAUUGUCCGAGAAUCAGGAAGGGCGCCCGACUACCCUGGAUACUUGGGGAAUUAGAGAAAGAACUUGGUUAAAUCACAAUGACUGACUGCAUGUGAUUACUGAACUUCAUCUGUUCAGUUCAAACUCACAUAGGCCUAGUACUAUCAGUAAUAAUAACUUUAAAUUCUACUACACAAAGUAGUCACAAAGAAAACAAUCUUAAAAGGUUAUGACAGUUUUCUAAAUAAGAACAAGACAGUUUGAAGUCCUUUCUCGUUCUCUCAAAUGUUACUGGUUUCCUACUAGUAAUGGCCUCAGACAGAAGCAAAGGCAAUGGAGUCAACAGUGACCGGUUCUGGAUGUGCAUUUUCCAUUCAUUUUCCAUUCAUUUACCCAUAGACUUCAGAGUUUGAAAGCUUGCUCAGGGCCAAUCAGCUCUGUGGUAGCGUAUAAUUUUAUUUUAAAUCUGUAACUGAAACGUUUUGAACCGCUAAGACAGGGAUCUUCAACCUUUUGCGUCCAGUGAGUUACUUUUACAAAAUGAAAAUGCCAGAGAGUUACUAAUUUUGGCAAUCGCACGAAAUUGAAUGGACAUAGGAGGGCAAGCCGUAGAUGUUGUACAGUUAGAUGCCUAUAAAACAUAAAACCAUUAUCCAUUUAUUAGUGCACAAAGUUCAAAAUAACACAUUUACAAUGGUAAUUAAUCAAGUUUGAGUUAUUCUCUACAAUACAUAUGAUUCAGAAAUCCUUUGGCGAGCUACUUAUAAUCAAGUGGAGAGCUCCUGGUAGCUCCUGAGCUACAGGUUGGAGACCCUUGCUCUAAGAUAUUAAAACAUUUAGCCAAAUCUUGUGUUUUAAAUGUGCUUUUUGGAUUUAAAACAACCGAGUUAUGAACUUUGAACCUUUUAAUAUUAGAUUUAAAAAAAAAAUCUGAAUGAAAAAAUGAAUAGAAAUUUUACUUCCGGAACCGGAGCCAACUUCAAAGUGGGCGGGACAGCUGAGCUUCAUAGACAUAUCCCUCAAGACAGUUUCUUUGAAAUGGAGAGUCCUGCUUGAACUUUGGUGGUUUUGUUAAUGUGACAAAGGAUUGUAUCUGCAAUACAAUUCCAGAAAAUAUAUACGUUCAACUGCUUUGUUCUCUUUUUACGCUGUUAACAACACUUUCAAAGUUUUAAAAUGUAAAUAUUUGUAUAAAAUGCCAGAAAAAAACGUGUAUUGCUUUUACAGAUAUGCAGAUGUUAUGUUGUAAGAUUUAUGAUGU